CGUAAACAUAAUAUAGUAUUAUAUUAGUCUUCGUUUUACGUUAAACGAUGAGUAAAUUCCAGGAAAAUAUUAAACACUUGAUCCCAAAACCAAAAACACCCAUCGUCAAACCGCCGAUGUACCGCUCAAUUUACACGGAGUCUAUAAGGAGGGCAUAUAAGUCAAAUAAUAAUUGUCACAAAACUAUGGGCUAUGCUGAAGUUGAACUCGAUCCACCGUCACAGUUUCUAAAAAAACACACCAGAAAAGAGAUGAGACCAUUUGUUGAAAUAAAUAAAACUAAAUGCUGUGCUAGAAAAUUGAUUCAGCGACCAUGCGACGGCGCAGCAUCAAAUGUUUCCAAAAAACUACCAACAAAAACACGGAAAAACAUUAGACAAACAAACAUUAUUGACGUUAUAAGGAGGGUGCCACCGCCGCCAAAGCAUCGGGUCCAGGACACUAGGAACGGACACAUAAUUGUUUUGAACGAAGCCGGUUUAGAGCCCACUUAUGUGUCUAAGAAGAAUUAUGGAAAAAUACCAUCAUAUAUCGUUAAAAUGUACAAGGAAAAAGAAAUGGCCCAACUGAUGGAGACCGAGCGAAAGCGAGCUGUAAAACCGUCAUUGCGCUAUUUGCCCGAAGCAGAACGUAACGAAUUAUUGAAUGGACUGAAGACUAAUUGGGCUGAACUUCACAAAGAGUUUUUACUGUUGCCAAUGCUUACUGACACGGUACCAAAAAUGAAAAGGAAAACCAUGUUGGAAAAGCAACUGAAUAACUUGGAGAAAGACAUCGACCUAUUAGAGAGAAACCCUUCUAUCUAUGUAUGUCAAGAUGUAUAGGUCUUUGAAAACUUUCAGAAUAUUCUGCGAGUCAAUUAAAAAACACCACAGACAAAUAUAAUU